AUGAGUAGAAUCGAUGAUUUACAGCAGGACAUUGAAUCUUUACUCAGUGAAAUCAAUUCAUUAGAAGAAAGUCGUGAGAAGCUCAAAGCGAAGAUAAAAGAUAAAAGAAAAAAUGAGGAGAGCGCUAAUCCUAUAGUACAAGAAUUUGAAGAUCUAUUCGAUCAAUUCCCACAGUUGAAUAAUUUUUUAUUUAAUGAGCAUCCAGAAUUGGAAGAGACAGAUGACAAGGACAUAUCAAGGGCGCAAGCGGAUAUACCAGCAACGCCAAUACCGUAUGAACCAAAGAAAAGAGCUAAGCUGGAGAAUGAGGAAAUUUUACCAGAACAAGAAUGGGUUUUAAAGACCCAGCCAAUGGUUCAGCAUCAAAUGUUUGAUCCUGGGGUGGCAGAUUUAUUGGAUACAGACAUUCUAACGUCACCUUCAAAAAGAAAGCGAAAACUAAAAAUAGACGAUAUUAGUACAAGUGAUAGAAGUGAGUUGGAAGAUUAUAUUGUCCUGGAAAAUGUUUAUAGAAUGUUUGGUAUAACAUUUUUCCCUCUUGUGGACCCUAUUGACCUUAAGAUAAAAGAUGCUAGCGGUGAAAUAUUUGUUGAUAGAGAAAUGCUGGGAAUACGACUGGAAGUCUUCAGCGAACGGACAUCCCAAUUUGAAAAACCUCACUAUGUAUUGUUGAAAAAGAGGAUCAAAUCGAAUAGUUGGUUCCUGUUCAAGCAUACAAUCCCGAGUUUCAUUGAUGUCCAAGGUAUAUUUGAUGACACCAAUGGGGGACUAGUGAUAUCUCAUGAUGACGCCUAUUUAUUUGCUAAAAGAGUCUUCCUGCAACUUGUGGAAGUACAGAAAAGACGACAGAUUUUUAAGGACUUAGAAGCUAAGAAGAUAAUCCACGACUUAGAUUUAGAUUUAGAAUCUUCAAUGGUUUCGUUUUUUGUGAAGGAUAUUAAAGUCGAGUUGUUUGUAAAACAAAAUGAAAUAGUUUCAUGUUCAAUAUUGGACGAUAUUCAUGAUUUUAGUCAAAAUAAUAAAAGUAAAUGGGAAAUUGCAUUGCUCGGUUCUUUGGAUGAUUUGGAAUUAAAAUUAAACCAUUCUUUCGCGACAAUAUUCAAGUGA